UCGAACCUGCCACCACUGUCAGUAUAGCAAGCGUCUCUUUAGCGAGCCAGCUGACCUCUCCAUCGAGGGAAUCAUCGGAAACGGAAAACUAUGAAGUUUGAUGACAUUCUUACUCACCUUGGUGAGUUCGGGCCGUACCAGAAACGGAUAUAUGUGCUGGCAUGCAUCCCCGCAAUAUCGGUAGCAUUCCAGACCCUCAUACCUGUGUUUUACCUGGCUAUUCCCGACAACAGGUGUGCAGUCCCUGGCCUAGCCAAUGAUACCUACAACAGUCAGGGUAGCACUCACGACAUCAUCAUCAACACAACCAUUCCCUGGGAACGUGAUGACAAGGGUGUUUCCAAGUUGUCAGAGUGCAGCGUGUACACUAACCUGACAGCGGGCAACCAGACACAAGAGUGUACAUCCUGGGUGUACGACAAAACCACCUUCACCUCCACAGCUCUUGCGCAAUUCAACAUCGUAUGUGGGAACAAAGGAUGGCGAGCCACCUCCAACUCCAUCACCUUUGCGGGCAGCCUGGUUGGUGCAAUAUUCCUUGGCCUAUUGUCUGACCUGAUUGGCAGAAAGAAGACGUUUUUCUUAAGCAUAUUUUUCCACUGCGCAUCUAGCAUCAGCAUUGCUUUCGCCCCCAACAUGGUGGGCUUUAUUGCCCUCAGGUUUAUCAACGGUGUCUCUAGCACUGGAGUCUUCAUGACCUCCUUUGUCAUUGGGAUGGAACUUGUCGGGCCCUCCAAAAGAGUACUCGCUGGAAUUGUCAUCGAACUGUUCUGGUGCCUCGGCCUGUUCAUCCUGGGAGCCCUGGCUUAUGCUCUACGAGACUGGCAACAUCUACAACUGGUUGUCUCUGUGCCGCCCGUACUUAUGUUAUUCAUGUGGUGGUUUAUUCCCGAGUCUGCAAGAUGGCUACUGUCACGUGGGAGGGACGCUGAAGCGGAACAGAUUAUACGGAAGGCGGCAGAAGUGAACGGCGUUGACCUUCCCCCAAAAAUAUUCGACAAAUCAACUCUGGAUCUGAACCAGCCUCAAGCAAGGGUGUGGGAAAUGUUCACUACGCCAGUUCUCCUCAUAAGGACUUUGGUCAUAUUCGUGAAUUGGUUUGUAGUCAGCAUGGUGUACUAUGGUCUCGGACUGAACGUACAAAACCUCAGCGGAGACAUCUACCUCAACUUCACCAUCGCUAACAUCAUGGAGACUGUAGCUUACGUCCUAUGCAUCAUCCUGCUCGACCGUACCGGAAGGAAGAACCUGCAUUGUGGGAGUAUGAUGCUGGGUGGUGUAGCGUGUCUGCUCACCAUGUUUCCGGUCAUGUAUGGCGACAGCUCUCACGCCUGGAUUACCACGACACUGUCAAUGAUUGGGAAACUUGGAGCUUCUGCAGCGUUUGCCAUCAUAUACGUAUUUUCUGCCGAACUGUUUCCGACUGUUGUCCGUAGCUCCGGAAUGGGCGCCAGUUCCACAUUUGCACGUGUGGGCGGAAUUGUCUCCCCUUACGUCGCUGACCUGGGCCUCCUGGUGGGUGGGGAUCUGAAGGUAGCGCUUCCAUUGAUUGUUUUCGGAGCCGUGAGUGUUGGUGCAGGUCUACUUUCACUUUUACUUCCGGAAACCCUGAACCGAAGGCUCCCAGAAACCAUCGACGAUGCGAAAGUGUUUGGAAGAACGAACAGCAAGACGGAAUACUAUCUUGAUACUUUGGAAGAUGCGGAUGUGGACAAAGUAAAUUCAUUCAAGAAGAAAGAGAGCGAGAAAUUCUAAAGAACAUAAUCAUUUGAAAAGUAGAAUAUCGUUACAUAUUUCUGUUGACAUAAAUAGAAAACAUAUUUACUUUCCCUCUUUGACACAAGUAUUAUGUAAAAUGUUUUCUAUCAUAUUUGAAUUUACUGAACAUAAACGUCCUAUAUUUGAUUUUCACAAUUUAUUCUUAAUUUAUUUACAAGUUUGAUUAGUGUGCUAAGAGGGCUUAUUAAAGAUACUAAUAUGUAAUAAUGUGAAAUAGAUCAUAAACCGAAUCUUUGAGAGAGGUAAAUUAAUGUAAGCCGUAACUUGACAAGAUGGAACCUCUGAUUUGAUAUACAUGUAUGUUAAAGAAACAAAAUCAAAAGAAACUGUUGAUUGGACCAACACACAACACACGUAAGGUCCAAAACACAGCUCUGAUAUCACUAUCUGAUAUCACUAUCGAAGUACCGUUUCUUGUUUGUUUUACUUUCAACCACCGUAAUAUAUGGGUGUAUACUUUCUUUUGUCCGUCAGUGUAGCACGUGAAGCUUUGUUAAUGUGCAUGUAACAAAUCUAUCAAUCCUUCCUGGAAUAAACAGUUUCACGAUUAGAGUGUAAAGUUAGUGAAUAGGCCAUUGUUACCACAGCACGAGGUGAAGGAUUAGUCUCAGAACAAAGGGUAUACCGUGAAGGACUGAACAACAAUUGCUCUACAUCCCCGUUUUGUCUGACAUUGUCUUAAAGGCCGUUAAGCGUUCCUGCCUCUUACUCGCACCAUAUUUCCACUAUUACCAAAUAAUGUUAACAUAACCAGAUUUGAGCAGCACUAGGCAGAAUCUAUACCUCAUAAAAACUCAUACUUCAACAAUAUCUAUGUUUCCUUUAAAUGAAUCACUGUAAAAUAUAUCAUCCCCUACACGCACAGCGUGUAUAUAGUAUACUGUACCAACGUCGCUUUCUUACAUGAUUGACAUUUAAGAUAUUUUUAAACUAUAUGUUCCGCUCUUUAUAGAAAAUUCAAUAAAAUUAUUGUCAUAAAAGGUAGACGAUACCUUCA